AAAGCGCCGCGAGAUUAUCAACGACCGAAACGCCGGCAGUAGUCGAAGAUAAAGUUAUUAAUUCAUAAACAACGAUAAGUGUGACAACAGCCGACCUUCCGUUGGCACCGACAGAUCGAGGGCUGUACACACCACCUCUUAGCUGAGUUUUCGACUAACUCUGAAGGCUUUUCAUCCCCACAGUUUGUCGCAUUUACUCGUAACUGUAUUUAACUUAGCACUCUUUCCAGCAGCUACGCUCCGUCUUCUUUUCGCGCAUAUGCAUCUGCUUAACGCGUUAACCUGACUGAGAUGAAUGGUUUAGCGCGCCGUUUAUGAGGUUAUAAUAAAAAGCGCCCACCUAUGAUUCCUCCCACACGUGGGAAAAGGUUCAGUCAGUGCUUGGCAAUGAAAUGGUGCGCUCGUACAUUAUACUUAUCAGUACCAUUUUUGUCAUCGAUUGUGAGUCUUUUUCGAACAUACUAGCAGCUGCGCGGAACGAUCACCGAGAAACGGCACGCGCAUUCUACCGUGUACUGGACGAAAGUGGCUACAUCCCUACGCUAGCACUACUUCUGCAGGACUACAUUCUGGUCAACAGCACCAGUGCCAUACCGUGGAGUAAUCCAACCUUUGUCUAUUACGACCAACAGUUGAUUGACGCCAUUCAACAGCAGCUUGAGUUAGAAAACGUGCAGGACUCCUACGAUCAUCACCAGCUGCAGGCUGAUUACGGCUCUGCUCUGCAGCCCCUGCACGGAGGACUUAAAUUUUUCACCUACUACUGCGGUCCCGGCAAUUGGUCUGCCGACGGAAGCACGGUGCAAAACGCAUACUUUUCUAGCAUCGAUCAGUGCUGCAAACAUCACGACGAAUGUCCGGACACUAUUGUACACUCCAGGGAUUAUCACCGGUACGAGGAUUUACCCUACAAAGCGCAAAUAUUUACCAGAUUGCGGUGUAACUGUGAUGUUGAGUUUCUAAGAUGUCUGCAAAACAUUUCCACCUUUUUCUCCUACGCCGUAGCGUGGAUCUACACCAAGUUUCAGUCCAGUUGCUUCGACUACGAGUACCCUGUGAUGGAGUGCACCGUAAAAAGAAAUGAUGGACUAUUCACCGCCGAUCGUUGCCUCGCAUACAUGGUGGACAAUUCGUAUUCCAAACGAUGGCAAUGGUUUGACAUUCCCUACAUCGGCUCCAAUCAGUUAAUUUUCCCAGAGGUGGAGUACCGAUACGAUCUCAACUGGUUCAAUAUACUUUUCGAACGUAAUAUCACCCCCAAUGUUUCCAUUUCAUAGUGUAUUUAACCAUACUGUUGAGGCUGUACGAUUCGCAUGCUUUGCAGCUGUUAUGUGGUGUUAACUUUUAUUAAAUAAAGAAUAUUUACGUUUCUAAGCUAUA